UCCUGCCAUCACUGCGCCUGCGCCUCUGCGUCGUGGUGCGGGCUCUGGACUUUGCCGGUUUCUCGUCGUGGCGUGAGCGGAACCGGCGCAACCAUGAGCGGGACACUGGCUAAGAUCGCCGAAAUCGAGGCUGAGAUGGCCCGGACCCAGAAAAAUAAAGCUACUGCACAUCAUCUUGGUCUACUGAAAGCCCGCUUAGCUAAGCUGCGACGUGAACUCAUUACCCCAAAAGGUGGUGGAGGUGGAGGACCUGGGGAAGGCUUUGAUGUUGCAAAGACCGGGGAUGCUCGCAUUGGAUUUGUGGGAUUUCCAUCUGUAGGGAAGUCAACACUUCUCAGCAACCUGGCUGGUGUUUAUUCAGAAGUGGCAGCCUAUGAGUUCACCACACUGACCACUGUGCCUGGAGUUGUGAGAUACAAGGGGGCCAAAAUUCAGUUGCUUGACCUUCCUGGAAUCAUUGAGGGAGCCAAGGAUGGAAAAGGCAGAGGUCGCCAAGUAAUUGCGGUGGCCCGCACAUGCAAUUUAAUCCUUAUUGUCUUGGAUGUAUUGAAACCUUUGGGGCACAAAAAGAUCAUUGAAAAUGAACUGGAGGGCUUUGGUAUCCGAUUGAACAAGCAACCACCAAACAUUGGAUUCAAGAAAAAAGACAAAGGUGGCAUUAAUCUUACUGCCACGUGUGCUCAGAGUGAGCUGGACUUGGAGACGGUGAAGAGUAUCCUGGCGGAGUACAAAAUUCAUAAUGCAGAUAUUACCAUGCGCAGCGAUGUUACAGCUGAUGACCUUAUUGAUGUUGUUGAAGGAAAUAGGGUUUACAUACCUUGCAUCUAUGUAUUGAAUAAGAUUGACCAGAUCUCAAUCGAAGAAUUAGAUGUCAUUUACAAAGUGCCACACUGUGUUCCCAUCUCUGCCCAUCACCGCUGGAACUUCGAUGAUCUCUUAGAAAAGAUCUGGGAUUACUUACGAUUGGUUCGAAUCUACACUAAACCGAAGGGUCAGUUGCCCGAUUACACUUCACCAGUUGUGCUUCCUGACUGUCAUACAACAGUUGAAGACUUUUGCACUAAAAUUCACAAAAACCUCAUCAAAGAAUUCAAGUAUGCUUUGGUUUGGGGUUCUUCUGUAAAACACAAUCCACAAAAAGUUGGUAAAGAUCACGUAAUGGAAGAUGAAGACGUCAUUCAAAUAGUAAAGAAGUGAUCAAUGUAAGACUGCCUUGUCACAUAGAGCACCUCGGCACCGUAUUUCUGCAAGUAACUGUUCAUCCUUCUGUAAAUAUCUUAUUCAAAGUGUCAAUAAAAUUCUGCUUCAGUA